AUGCUCAAGGAGCCAUCAGCAGUACUGAAAGAUAUGAUGGAUGAAUUUGCUAUAAUAGUGCAAAAUGGACUAUUGAAAGAUGAGGAGAAAAUUGUAUUGUGGCUAGAACGAGCCAAUUGUCACGUCAUCUACUAUGAGUACGAAAAGUGUGCUGACUGUAUUCAGCGUGCAUUGGAGCUGUCCAACCUCAACAUGGAGCUAGCAGGAAAGCUUCGAACGCGCACACGUUUCCAGCAAAGGGACAUUGCUGAACUCGUGCUAAAUAGGG